AUGAAAGGAGCCGUGGAUGAUACUUAAGAUUAACUAUAGGGUGAUCAAGAAUUAAAUAACGAAGAGAAACAUAUUUUAGAAUAAAAAUGUAUAUAGCAUUUAAAAUAUUGA